CCCCUCCCCCGCCCGCGGCCGCCGCCGGCGCGUGCGCGUGCGCGCUCCCCGGGUGCAGCCAGUCUGCGUGCGUGAGUGGGAGGUGGCAGGCCUGCGACUCGGGCUUUCGCGACUGACUGUUCUAGCGCGACGUCUCCAGCCAUGAACCGGUUCGGUACCCGGUUGGUGGCAGCCACGGCGACUCCGUCGCCACCGACGAAAAUCCGCAGCAAUGAAAACCUCGAUAAAAUCGAUAUGUCUCUGGAUGAUAUCAUCAAAUUAAAUCGAAAAGAAGGAAAGAAGCAGAAUUUUCCAAGACUAAAUAGAAGACUCCAGCAAAGUGGUACCCGGCAAUUCAGGAUGAGAGUACGAUGGGGAAUCCAACAGAAUUCUGGUUUUGGUAAGACUAGUCUGAGCCAUAGAGGGAGAAUAAUGCCUGGAAAGAGACGUCCUUACGGAGUUAUCACCGGCCUUGCAGCUAGGAAAGCAACUGGAAUUCGAAAAGGAAUUAGUCCUAUGAAUCGUCCACCUCUAAGUGACAAGAAUAUAGAACGAUAUUUUCCAGUGUUAAAAAGGAAAGGAAACCUUCUGAGACAAAAUGAAGUGCAGAGGAAACCAGUGGCAGUUCUCAAGAGACCUAACCAGUUAAACAGAAAAAGUAACAUUCCGGCUAAUUUUACCAGGAGUGGAAAUAAAUUAAGCCAUCAGAAAGACACUCGUCAGGCAACUUUUCUUUUCAGAAGAGGCCUUAAGGUUCAGGCCCAGUUGAACACAGAACAACUGCUAGACGAUGUAGUAGCAAAGAGAACUCGUCAAUGGCGAACUUCUACCACCAAUGGAGGAAUUUUGACUGUGUCCAUUGACAAUCCUGGAGCAGUGCAGUGCCCAGUAACUCAGAAACCACGAUUAACUCGUACUGCUGUACCUUCAUUCUUAACAAAACGGGAGCAAUCUGAUGUAAAGAAAAUUCCUAAAGGUGUCCCCCUACAAUUUGACAUAAAUAGUGUUGGAAAACAGACAGGGAUGACUUUGAAUGAGCGGUUUGGGAUCCUGAAGGAACAAAGAGCCACUCUCACGUUCAACAAAGGAGGAAGCCGCUCUGUAACUGUGGGAUAGAUCCCAUGUCAAAGGGACUUUUGAGUGAUGACUCUGUUGGAAAAGUUAAACUGCUUGAAGAGUUCAUCACAGAAAUUCAAGAAACUUUACUUCAAAAUAUUCACGAGGCUAAAUAACUCUUAUUUUUAUUUUUGAAGUUUUUUUUUUUAAUAUGUAAAAUAAUGCCCUGAAAGAAUAGCAGGGAAUAUAUCUAUGUGUUCUUAAAGAUUUCAUGGUUGGCCCAGACAGAACAAUUCUCUAUUUGACAUCUUUGGUUCCUUACGCAGCAGAAGGAAGACAGAAAGAUAGAAAUUGAUUAUUUUUAUGAUAGUGGUAUUCAGGAUCUUACCACUCUUGCCCAUUUUCUAGAUUUUGCCCUGGUAAAUCUUGGUCUUCAGUUAUAUAUAUAUAAGUACGUCCCUUUGUUGCUGUCCCUUAUCUUUUAAUAGUGUCGAUGUAAUAAGUGCAGUUGCCUUCUUUUCAUUAGAGAUAUAAAAAUUUUAUGUGAAUUUUAGUUUUGGGUUUUAAGAUUUAUGGAAAUAUGUGGAAGUUGGUUCAUAUUUUGGGUAGUGUUAGGCUAAUCCCCCAGGGUUGUAUAUCUUUAGCGCUGAACUUUUUAACAAGAAAUGUGACUCUAGGCAUUAGUCUCAGUUUAAAAUGUUGGUGUUUGGAGGCUGUAUGUGCAUAUUUACAAAGUUAUCUGGUAGGGCCUUGGAGGAGAAGGUCUAAUUUAAAAAUCUGACAGUUUGUGUUUAGUAAAUGAAGAAAGCAUGAAAGGAAGUGGCAAGUUGAAGGACAGGCAAUUGAGAUGAAAAGUUUCAAAACCCAGGUCAUAGGUAUACUGUUUGGAUUUAGUGUAGUCUUGAGUCUGUUUUCCAUAAAGAAUUCUUCAAGUGAUAUUUUGAAGAAAUACAAUUAUUAAAAUGGGUUGAGCCCAUUAGAUAUUUUGAUAGUAAAAUUAAUAGCCAUAAAAUUCUAGACUUCUUAUUUAAAAAGUAUAAAUUUAUAAGCUUUUAAGCUUGCUAAAUUAAAGAAUUUACAGCUCCAAAAACAAAAAUAUGCUUAUAUACAUCACAGUGUAAAAGCAGAAUUAUAAUAGAGUUACAUUGUAGCUCUCGUGUACCUUUCACUCUGAUCUUGUUUGGUGUAAAGUUCAGGAAUUUAUGGAAAGAAAAGUGUUUUUCCUCCUCUCUGGAGGUGUGGGAAGAGUUAGUCUAUUGUGCCAAGGUAGUGUGAAGAGUCCUCAGAUAAUUGUAUGCUAUAAAUUACAAUAUAAUGUCAAAAUGAAGCAAAAUAUUCCAGCUACAAGUUACAAGUUUGGUCAUUUUGAAGCUUGACCUUUUGGUUUGCUAUAAUGUUAACCUCAAAUAGGUAUUAGUUUCUUUGGAAUAUAUUAUUAGUAUUGACUUUUCCUAUAAAACAAAGCAUUAAGUUAUCUUUCCUGCCUGACUUGUAUUGUAUGCUAGACUUCAUUGUUGUCUUUCAUGCUUCUUGGGUUACGCUAGCCAUAGUAAACUAUCAAUUUCAUGCUUAUACCAAAGAAAAGAAUUAAAUCUGAUCAUUAAUAUCUGAUAUUUUGCCAGUACGUACACUAACAAGGGGUUGUUGGAAGCCAGUCACAAAAUUUGAAAGUAAACUCAGUCUCUUUUUAGCUUUUUGAUUCUUUUCAUAGAGGUCAAGGACUCAUUGCAAAACAUUUUUACAAGUAUGAAAUGCUUAUAUUUGGUCCAGAAACAAUACAUUUUAGACUGGUUUAGAAUUACUGGUAGUUUAUUUGAAAGCAAAGGAAAAGCAACUGAGCGUAAAUUUUCUGUCUUUAGAACAGUUUAUGAAAAUAUGGUAUAAAAGUGUUUUUAUUUUCCUGUUAUUUUAAGUAUUUUGUACAAAGAUACUAGUAAUGCCAUUUAUGGGAAAACCUUAAAAAUUGCCCUAAACAUUGACAUUUAAGGGUGUCAAAUAGCAAAGUAUCUUUGGUAUAUUAAACUUCUGCUCUUCAUGCAUCUGCAAUUUAAUUUUCUUUUUAAGUAUAAAAUUUUUCCUUUGGUACAAUGAAAUUAAAACUUCUUGAGUAAUAACAUGAUGUAUAUAAACAAAUCAAUAUGCUUUGUUGGAGGAAAAUUUUCUUUCUUCGAAUGUGGUUGUAGUCAUCUUUGUUCCGUUCUUAAAGGUUUUACUUUUGUUUUUUAAACAGGAUGCAACUUAAAAUUUCUUUUGCAUCAAGGUGUAUGCAAAACAUUGAUGCAGUGCAUCAUAAAAUGAAAGUUUGUAUUUAAUGUGGAGGUGCUUUACACUGUACUUUUUGGUGUUUUUGGAAAAGUUAUAUUUAGAUCUAUUCUGAAGCUAUUCAUUUUUAACAAAUAAAAUGUUGCAGGUUUCACAUGA